CCCUAGAUCACGGGGCAGGUCUGGCGAGGAGGCGGCGUUGGCAAGACCAGUCCCCAAGACACCUCCCUAACGGCGACAGCCAAGAGGCGGCGGACGGGCUGAUUGAGACCAAUGUCUGGCGUGACUUGAGAAACUCCCGGCGAACAAGUUUGCAAAGGGUUUGAGAGAGGGAAAGGCUGACAGGAGUACGGAACAAGAAACUCAGUUUGAGUUCAGUUGGAAGUGGUGAAGAUCCCGGUGGACGUAGGGUCUCUUUGCGUUGGUGCAGGGUGCCCUAGAGUGUAAGGGGCCAGUGAGUGCAGGGUCCCAGUUUGUAUAAGGUCCCGGUUCCACUACACACGAUGUCAGCGGCGUGUUGCUCCUGAGCCAUCCCCUCUGCCUGCAGCCUGCAACAGUUGUUGUUGUUGUUGUUUGGGGGGAGGAGGGAGGGAGGAGUCUACUCCACAGCAGCUCCGCUCUCACCCCGCUCCGGGAGUGGGUUCAGUGGGAGUUGAGUCGCUGGUUCAUGUCCGGGACCAUGUCCCAGGCAGAAGUGGACCUGAGCGGCUUCGGGGCGCUCGACUCGCUGCUCAACAGGAUGGGUGGUCGGCGGCGGCGGCUGUCGGGCAGAGAGGGUCGCCGGCCCCCGCACCGAACCCACAGGAAGAGCUCGGUGGACAUCGAGCUGGGCGCCGACGGCUUGCUGCUUCGCCACCCGACCUGGGCUCACCUUUGCGAACCGCCCGCCCCCGCCGCCGAGCCGGCUGUGGACGUCUCGGGGGUGGACGGGCCAGUCCCCGACCCCAGCGCCGCGCCGCUGCCCAAAGCCCCGGCCAACAGCUCGGACACCGAGGAUGGCAGCCCCCGCGCCCCGCACAAGGACGUGGAGCCCGAGGAGAACGAGCUGGAGAUGAAAGCGAUCGACACUUCUCCCGACGGCAGGUUCCUCAAGUUCAACAUUGAGCUGGGCAGAGGCUCCUUCAAGACGGUCUACAAGGGUUUGGACACAGAGACCACGAUGGAGGUGGCAUGGUGUGAGUUGCAGACUCGGAAGUUAUCGAAGGCAGAGAGGCAGCGCUUCAGUGAGGAGGUGGAGAUGCUGAAGGGUCUACAGCAUCCCAACAUUGUGCGAUUCUACGACUCCUUCAAGUCUUCUGUGAAAGGCCACAAGUGUAUUGUGCUGGUGACUGAGCUCAUGACAUCAGGGACACUCAAAACGUACCUAAAACGUUUCAGAGCAAUGAAGAAUAAGGUUCUGCAGAGGUGGAGCAGACAGAUCUUGAAGGGUCUUCAAUUCUUGCACACCCGAUCUCCUCCCAUUAUCCAUCGGGACCUGAAAUGUGACAACAUCUUCAUCACUGGUCCCACUGGCUCGGUAAAGAUCGGAGACCUUGGUCUUGCAACUCUCAAAAGUGCCUCAUUUGCAAAGAGUGUGAUAGGUACUCCCGAAUUUAUGGCCCCAGAGAUGUAUGAGGAAAAGUAUGAUGAAGCUGUUGAUGUUUAUGCAUUUGGCAUGUGCCUAUUGGAGAUGGCCACCUCCGAAUACCCAUACUCAGAGUGCCAUAACGCAGCCCAGAUAUAUCGCAAAGUAACCAGUGGUGUUAAACCAGCCAGUUAUAACAAGGUAAAAGUCCCAGAACUCAAAGAGAUCAUUGAAGGAUGUAUCCGCCAAAAUAAAGAUGAGAGCAGGUACACCAUUCAGGACCUUCUCGAACAUUCAUUCUUCCAAGAGGACACUGGAGUCCACGUGGAGCUUGCAGAGGAGGAUGACGGAGCAAAAUCUGCCCUGAAGCUCUGGCUCCGCAUGGAUGAAUCCAAGAAACUCCAUGGCAAAUACAAAGACAACAAGGCCAUAGAGUUCCUCUUUGAAUUAUACAAGGAUGUUUCAGAAGAGGUGGCCCAGGAAAUGGUGACCUUGGGUUUUGUUUGUGAGGCUGACUACAAAUUAGUUGCAAAGGCCGUCAGAGACCGUGUGACUGAGGUCAAGAGGAAACGUGAACGCAACCAACGCGUGCAGGACGAUCUGAAGAAAAAAGAGCAGGAGAAAAAGCAAAAGAUUUGCGAGCUCUUGGAAGAACUGAAGCUGCCUCCAGACGCGACGGAAAGUGCAGCUGGAGUUACUCAGCCAACGCCGUCCCUUGUCGUCACACGUCCCACUGAGGUGUUGCUGAACUCUCCCUUUCCCCCAGAACCCGAGGAGCCAGAGGCUGAUCAGCAUCAGACGUUUCGAUACAGGAAUACAAACUACUCUUCAGCCACAUCUGAUUGUGAGACUGAUGGUUAUCUGAGUUCUUCUGGAUUCCGGGAUUCCAGUGACAAUCUGCACAUGGCCGGUCGGCUGGCUCCAAAAUCUGGAACUGGGCUCCAGUUUCCUGCAAACAUUGCUGUAACCAUUCCCUCGAAACAACAUUCAUCUCUUCCCAGUGGACUAAAUUCACCAGGUGACAGCAAUGCCUCGGAUGCUGCUUCUGGAAUGAGUGAUGGCUAUGAAGGCCUAUCGGCAGGAGAAGGUUCAGCAAAUCUGCCAGUCAAACGCAUCUCGAGUAAACUCGUCCGAAAGCGCGGCAGAUCCAGGCUACGGAUCCUGAAUGUUUCCGACAAAGGAGAUCGAGUUGUAGAAUGCCAACUGCAGACGCACAACAACAAGAUGGUGACCUUCAAGUUUGACCUGGAAGGUGACAGCCCAGAAGAUAUUGCUGCAGUUAUGGUCAAUCAGGAGUUCAUUCUACAGUCGGAGCAGGAUGGUUUCAUCAGCAAGCUGCAAGAAAUCAUACACAAGGCAGAGGCCGUGUUGAAGAAGGAUAUUCACAAUGCAGAUGCAGCAACCAAGCAGCCAAGUACUGCGAGCUCGUACGAUUUGCAAGGGGCAGAAAAGUCAAACCAGCCACCGCAACAUUCAUCAAUGUCUUCAGUUGGAAUAGGUGUGGGCAACUCGCAUAGCCAUGUGGUACAAUCUCCGACAAGGACGUUUCUGGUCAGCCAUGUUCCUGAAACUUCAUCAAAUGUGACCUACCAAGCCAGAGCAACAACCCAACCAACUCCAACCAGCCGCACAUCGUCCACAACAUCUAGCCCUGUGGCACCCUCCAGUCAGGACCCUGCAUCGUUCUCUGAAAACGUACCCAGUGAAAUGGACCCGUUUAUGCCUACAGCAUCUCUCCCUGCUGCUGCUUUUACUUCAAAUAUGUAUCUAAACCAAGCACUGAAUCAGCAGGGAAAUAGGCAACAUUCCGCCCAAAGAGAAUCUCCAAUAAUAGGAACAGGGAAUGUUGAUACACAAAAGCCACCAUUUCUGCAGCCACAGAGUACGGCCUGGCCACUGACUACCCAGCCCUUGUUUGUACUGGCCGACGUGCUGUCCUUGAUGUGCAUGAGUCAUCUGGCCCAUUCAAUCAUUCCCAGCAACUCCUCGCAGUCACCUCUGAGAUCACCCAGCUGGAACAACUCAUCCCCGGGCUCACCUUCGUUUUCACCUGUUAACCUGCCCGGCUCACCUCAUCUAUUAUCUCCAGGACCAUAUGUUGGACAACAACCAAGUAAUGGCAUCAGAUGUUUAGACAAGCAACUUGGAUCAUUUUCUGAAUGCAAUAGUUCUCAUGCAGUACUUGGAAACGUCAGCCAUUUGCCAGGAACGUCACCCUCUGCAUUCAAUCACUUGAUAUCAUCAAAUAGUAAUGCUGGCUUGAGUCCAUUGUAUCUAGAUAUCCCACGGCAGAAAGUAGUUCCUCCUCUGCGUGCCAUGCCAAUUCCAAUACCAACUUCUUACUGGAACUCCAUCGCACCAGAAACCUCUCCUAUGCACUCGUAUCCCAGUCCUACAUUUGAUCUUGCAGCUUCUCUUUCACCACAGCAGAACGGCAAUCUAGGAAAUUAUGGAAACUCUGAUUUCCAUGGAAGAAUAUCAACUUCGCAUUCUGUGCCUCAAACGUCUGUUACAGAUCAUGUGGGCAGCUCAACCACAGAGCUUGAGAGCAGACAGUUCUCACUAUUGGAUAUAAGUAAUAACAACAUACCACCAAUGACUGUAACUGAGGCCUUAACAUCACAGUCGGGAAAAUCAUCACUGCCUUCUAUAACUGAGGAAUUCAAAAAAUUUCAACAACCUAUACCAUUUCAGUCCCUUCCAAUGGGACACUUUGAGGGUUUGAAAAUUCAUGAUCUGGCUAGAAAGGAUUCUCAGCUAACAAAACAAGGGGACCCUCAUACAAAAGACCAGUUAGUUCCAGGCAACUACACCAUUUUGCACUCAACGAUUGCGCUCAAGGAUUCAUUGUUGGAGGUUGGAUCAAGUGUUGCAUCGGGAGGUUAUCAAGACGUCAGCAACAGCUGUGCCCCUUUGCCAAUUUCACUCAUACAGUUGGCGCAGCCUUCUUCAGAUAUUCCUGUUGCUGCUGCCAUCACUCACUCUCCAGAGCAUAACAGAACAGUCUCCAUAAACAGUUCAGGAGAUGAAAACCAAAACAGCGAUUGCAAGUUGUCAGAUGAGCACAGCUACUCCGUACUAUUGCCUGGACGGAUGCAGCAUCCACGGGCUUCAAUCUACGUCAGCAGCGAUGACUCUGAAACUGAUGACGAUGAGAUCUUUGAAGAGCUGCAAACUCUGAGAGAAAAGCACAUGGCAGAAGUUCAGAGAUUGCAGGCAAUGCAGAAAAAGGAGAUUGAGCAGCUGUAUGAAAAGAUGGGCAAAGUGCCUCCUGCGGGUAUAGUUUCACCAGCAGCAAUCCUGAACGGAAGACAAAGGCGUUUGUCCAAGGGCAAUUUUAACCAAUCCCGCCGUAACAGCCUGCAACGUCUCGAACCUUUACAACAAGCAGGCUUCAGCAGAAGGAGUUCCUUAACUGGCAGCUGCAGCUCACUAGAUCAACGCCAAACCCAGUCCACUGUUGGUGGGGGUUACUUUUCCUAAUGGCUUCUAAAUGGUUAUAAACAGUUGGCCUUCAGAAGCUAUGGCUUUACACGGUAAAUUUAAAGUGAAUGGAGCAGAAAUAUUUCCGUUUCUAACCAGGCGAAAGCAGAAUUCUUGCAAACCAAUUUCAACACGUUUUCACCCGGGAAGAUGUGGAGCCUUCAUCAUUUCCAGUCCUACCGCCCAGCCCGUAUGCUGAUAUGCCUGCUAUUAAAAUUGAGGU